CAUUCGGGAGCCGUUGUUCCGCAGCGCUCCUCCGUAGUCAGAACCUCGGGCCCGCUCGAUGGCUGCACUUGCCGCCUCAUCUAGCGGACGCUAGGAACUUCUGAGCUGACGGACAAGGCUAGGGCACGGCCGCCGGCAUGCUGCGCAGCGGCUCCCUGCUUGUCCUGGUGGCGGGCCUGGCGCUCUGCCUCGACCUUGAGAACGUCCAGAGGUCAUCCCACUUCCCCGGCUCCGCCGGCCCCUCUUCUCACCAGGGCCAGCAGCACCACUAUGGGGCCUCCAAGCGGACCUCAGUUCCCCGGAGGGACCCCGAGGAACUCCACGGGCGGCCCCUGGUGGCUUCCUCCAGCAGCAGCCCAGAAGAGAGACUCUACUACCGGCUCCUCUCCAGCCGGAUGGCUCGGCUGCUCCCCGCGCUCUUGGGCGAACAGCAGCAGCAGCAGCAGUACGCCGGAGAGGCUCCCUUGGUCGGUGCGUCCUCAUUCUUCGACGACGACAGCGACGACGAGCGGGAUGACAGCCGCCAUGAUGGCCGCGCAGCCGGCAACGGCGGCGUGGCAGAUGAGGACGCCGGAGAGGAGGAGCAGGGAGACGAGCAAGAGGCCGACCAAGUGAUGAUGUACCUGCCCAAGAGAAGCGUUGUCCACUCCACAGCUGGCAGCAUGAGGAGGAGGCUGCAGCAGCCAAUGUUCGCUGACAUGGAUCCGUCGGGACCAGUGUACGGCAUCCGCAAGCGGGUCGCGCCUUUCAAGCGCCGGCUGCACGUCCAGGUGGCGAGGCGAGAAGAAAAGCGCAAGCGCUCCACGCGACGCCAGCAGAAAGACGCGGCGUCUCCCUUCCGGCGGAAGACGCUUAAGAAGGCGUUCGGCAAGAAGCAGACCGCGGCCUCGUCGCUGAAGGAGCACAACCCGUCUUCCACGUCUUCCUUCCGGUUGGGACACCAGGGCUCGGGAAAGAGCUCCGCGGUGCCCUCCGUAAUGGGUAAUGCCACUCUUCACAAAGGGGAAGCCAAGACCGACAGUAAGACUUCAACAGGCGGAACGAGCAGCGGUGGCAGCAAGAAGAAGUACCACAUCAUGAAGCGCAGCAGUUUUAGCACAGACGACAAGAUCACUGGAGAGCUACGCAACAUCUUCGGGGACGACGAAGACAAUCAGAAUAAACGGGACAAAAAGACGUUGAAGAAGAGGGAGAACACAGCGAGCGCGCUGAAAGGUUCAUCGGGAGUUGAGGACGCAUCGGACGUUGUGCCUGUUGGCAGCGAAGGCACAGCGUCCUCGACCAAGGGUGGCGCUGGAACCGCUACCGACGAGGACAAGUUCAAAAAGUGGCUCCUGGAUGAGUACUACCGCACAAUGGCGCUGUCAUUCGCCAGCAUGCGCCGCAAGCGCAUGGCCACACACCAGGACACGCUGGACCUCCGCCAGGUCAAGAGGACGACGCUGCCGCCCUCUGCCCCGGUCCCUGGCACCGCUGACGACCAGUUUCAGGCAUUUGAAGACAAACUCCGCACCAUCGAGGACGCCAUGAUCGGCGAAGCCGUGGCGCUUGUUCGAGACGGCGCUAGUGACGACGCCGAGCUGCGGGCUAUCAACGCCGGCGUCGCUUCGCGACUUGACGCCGCCUACGACCUGGAAAGCGUGCGACAGUCGUUGGACCACCUUCAGUCGACGCUGGAGGACAUGCGUCGCCAGGAGCUUCAGGCAGCCCUGGCGGCGGACGGUGACGACGCCGAGGAAGAGGACAGCAACUCUGCGGCAUCCAUUGCCGCCGCCCCUGGUGUUUUCCGAAACGACGGCGCCGACGUCGAGGAGUUGACGCAGGGCUCUUCGUGGGCCCAGCUGGCCGACAAGCAGAACUGCCCCGCCGUACAGGUGCUCAGCAGUUCGUGUCCAGCGGCGGCGCAGUCUGCCACCCCGGAUCCAGCGAUGCAGAGACUUCUUCUGGACGCCUGCCAGUGGCAACAGACAUGCUAUGUUUGCGGUUCUUACUACGGCCUCGGAGCUGAAGACUGCGAGGGUGGCGCCGGCAGCCGCGGUGGUUCAUCUCAGUUCACGCGGCUGCUGGUCAGUCAACUCCUCCUGCGUCAGGCCAAGAGCGGCCAGACUCAGGCCGCAUGCGCGGAGUCCUGCGUCGCGGACUUCCUGCUGAGUCACUGAGCAGGAGAGAAGCAGUGGCCGACUUCCACGGAUUCGCACUGGAGCGUCCAGCAAAGUUUGUGAAGGAGAUUCCGCCACAGGUCGCUGGUGCAUGGCAGAGCUAAAGAGCUAAAAAAAAAGCAAGUACCAAAGACAACGCGACAAGGAGAUGACUUGCAGCUGCGUGUGAUUAGCGUGUUUAUUUUAUUAACAUUUAACCCAGCCCGUGCCUCUCAGGUCUGUAGUCAGUGAGUCAUGCUAGGUUCAAUAUAUAAUUGCCCUCAUUUUUCUGUGUUCACUUGUAUCUCUUCGGGUAUGUGUAAAACGUGCAGUGUUGGUACGGAAGGUUUUUUCGAUGUUUUUUAGGACCGCUCGAUAUAUUCAUUAAGAAAUGCUCCCGGAUGCGGGUUGAACACGCAUGCUAUGCCGAUGAACAGCAGUUUCGAAGUUGCCUUUUAGGCAAUGGUGACUCGAAGGAGUUGUUUAAUCCAGCCACGGAUAUCUAUAUGUGGACAUUUGCAAGAACCUCCUGUUCUUGGUGUAGGAACAAAUCUGCUCCAAACCGAAGCAUUUUUUAUUUGUCUGUGUAUUUUGAUGAAAAACAUUAUUUCCUGCACUACGGGUUUGUUUGAAGUGGCGUUAAGAACAACUUAUAAUUGUAAAAUCACCCAUUUCUGCACGUAAUCGUCACUGCACGCCUUUAUGUGUACGUCAUGGACAUGUUUACGUAUUUCUUAGCUUACGCCGUUUUUUUUAGUUGAAAAGCAUUGAGAAGGUUCUUGAGAAGCUCGCGCCGCUACUUUUGUUUCGAUACCGGCCAUUUUAUGCGAUCACAGUCCAUGGUGCCUGUUAUUUCGGUUGUAUCGACCUGUCUAAAACAUUAGGGGUGCAUGGUAUAAUUUCGAAGUUAAAAAUGUACCUCUUGUUCGAAGGAUGCUGCGACAAGGGUUGGUCACUUGGCUUCUUGAUACGUAAAUCGACUGUAUUAUCUCUCCAGCAGAGGAGGAGCAAAUAUUCCUGGCCUUCCCCCCAUGCAUCUGAGCGCUAUGUGUGCUUGAAGUUCGAAACCGCCAAAAAUAUUUCACACAUAAUUGCAAAGAUAUGAAAUAUUCAUGUUGAGAGAAAGGUCCUGUUCUCAUCAGUAUAUUUGCAUGAUUCUUGCUGUUGAGUAAUUGUAAUUUCUACCUGCGCACUUGUUUCUCAAUUUCUGUCGUGUUGAAGACCACCACAAAUGUUUUCUAGAUGCAGUCAAUAGUAUAUGUUGAUAGUGUGGCGAUUGCGUGAUUUCAUAUAUCAGAAAGAAAGGCAUAAGUUGCAGGUGGCAGGUGACACGUGGUGUGGUAAAUGAAGUUCUUUGUCCCGCUUUCUUGCUAAAAAGCGGGUAAAGAGUAAAUCUUUGUCGAAUGUUUGGCGCUCUAUUUCGGCGUAAUGGAGUGUACAAAUUAAAAGUGCACCUUGCUUAAGAUUGCCCUGAGUCUUGCGCAUGCGUUUCACCUUUAGUUAGUAAUUUCCAUUGAAAAGCUUAAAACGUCCCAUUUUUCAAGACACCGAGAGGCCGAUCUUCGGGACUUCAGCCACCUUGAGUCUGCAAAGACACAAAAUACAAAGGCAAUAGAUGCUCUUGAAUUUGCCUGACCGCAGUGCGCGCACGCGCUGCCAAGGAGGUGUGGAUGCUCUCAUAGAAGGCAUGAAACGCGUUACCAAAGUGUCUCAUCUGAUUAUGGUAUGUGCACUUGUGAUUUGUGACGUCUGCACAUUUCGCAUACGAUCGCUAAUAGCACAGCGUUGGCGUCGCGGUACGGUACAUUUGUAAGGGCAGGUGGAUCUUGAUUGCUGUGGCCGCUGCAUGUUCCGACCUGAUUCAGAUGACCUCAUUUGGGCGUGAUCUUUUGUCGUUUGUGCCUGUUGUCCGUAAGAUAUCGCGAAGCCGGUUUCAGCAUAUACACAUAUAGCAUUGACGUGCCAUUUUUGUCCGAAUAAAACACUGCAAAUGUGUUCAAAUCAUGUGAUACCAAUAAAGAAAAA